UCUAGAAGAAGCACAUUAGCAUUUUUUUUCUCACUAGUACUUCUAGUAGUACGUUCUUAAAGGAUUUGAUGAGUCAAAGAGGUAAAGCUCCCAACUUCAUGAACAACAAAGAGGCAGGAGGAACUUUCCCAAUAAUCUAGAUCCACUUGUUGUGUAUAGUAAGCUACUUCAUCUUUUAGUGACUAAUUUGAAUUUGUGUAGAGUGUCAUUGAUCCCUGAAGAUUGGCCCCUUCAUCUUCUUCUUCGCAGACGCUAAAUUGUGAUUCUAAAAACUACUUUUUAGCUCAAAAUAGAAUAUGGCAUCCACCGACAAGGAUGAUGCGGCACCAGCCGCAGACGUCGAGGAAUACCCCAACUUCGAGCUAGCACAAUGGAAAGCCAAGUACCUGCGGGAUCGAGAUCCACAAGCCUUGGAGAAAAUAAUAGCGCAGGUGAAGAAGGAUAGAAUGGUCUCUUUUUAUGUGGAAUUCUGUGCAGAGGCGAACGUCACGAGAGACGAAAAACUCGUAAAAGAGAUGGAGAAGGAGAAGGACGAGAAGGUACACAGCUUAGUUUUUGAAACACACCUGAUGUUGCAGCUUUCCCGUCAUUUGUUCAUGGAGGUAGUUCUAUGCAUCUACAGAUAGCUCUAGCACCGUUCGCCUCACCAGGCAUUGACAUCUUCAUGUUGCUAAUACUUAAUUCAAAUUGUUCUCUCAACAUCACCUCUUCUUCAAAAACAGUUAACCACCUUCGCCGCAACGCUGAAAGACGCAGAGGAAAACCUUGGAGACGUUGAGGUGAAAAACGCUCUGCUUGCCAAGGCAGAAUUUUUGAACAAGAUCGGGGAUAUGACAGCAGCAUUAGAGGCAUACUCAAAGGCGUUUGAAAAAACAGUGGGCAUCGGAGGCCGCAUGGACAAUAUCCUCAGUUCAUUGCGAAUAGCGCUAUUUUUCUCAGACGUAGACAAAAUCAAAGAAUAUUUGGCGAAGGGGAAGGAGGAGCUGAAGAAAGGUAAUUUGAUUUGUCUCUUGUUUCUUGAAUAUUACCUAGGUAGGACUUGUUUGUUGAAUACCUCGAUAUUAUCGAGUCGAUAAUGAAGAAGAAGAUAAUCCUCAACGAACUCACAACCUACUCUUACGAACCAGGUCCAACCUCCUCACCUCCACAACUCCAAUUUUCUCCCUACUUCACGUCACCUUUUUUCCCCUUCAGGUGGCGACUGGGAGAGGAAAAACAAGCUCAAAGUCUAUGAGGGCGUUUUCAAGAUCAUGUCCAGGGAUUUUGAAGCAGCAGCCAAACUUUUCUUAGAGGGCGUAGCGACGUUCACUGCUGUCGAGCUCGUCUCGUUUAAGGACUUCGUAAUAUUAUAUUUUUUAUGUUGAUUGAUUUUGCUGUUACUGAUUUUUAGGAGAGAUUUGAUGAUCAAGAUAAGAAACAUUUCUUUGUACUCGUUCUUUCAAGCUUAGGGAAGUCCCUCUACCUUUCUUCGAAUUGAUCCCACCCCUUCCACCAGGUCUUCUACGCAGUCCUUUCCUCCAUGGUCGGACUCCAACGUGCCGAUUUGAAAAAGAAGGUUAUUGAGAGUCCCGAGAUCCUCUCCGUCGUGCACGAGAGAGCACAUGUGAGGGAGUUUCUUUUUGCGUAUUACGAAUGCGAUUACCACAAGUGGACUAGGGAGUUCGUCCACGUUAUCGACCACUUGAAGGAGGAUCGAUACUUCCAGCCACACCUGAUGCAGAUUUGCAGACAACUGAGGUAAUUAUUUAUGAUCGAACAAGAACUUCAUCUAGCGUAGUAGGAGGAUACUCGACGAUAGUUCCCCUUUUCUCUUUUCUAUCUUCCUCUGGUCUUUCUUUUUUCUAGUUAGGUCGGCUCCACCAAAAUUAAGGGGUUCCUUGUGUUUCUGCUUCCGGCCGCGAGAUCGUACGCGCUGCCCGGAGCGCAUCAAUACACGCAAACGAAUCGCGUCUCCGCCGGUAAUCUCUAUGCUCUUGUCAAGAAUCUCAAUUUCUUCUACGGCAAGUUCAUUCUCCUCCAUCUCCGCCAUCAACCUCAACAGGCUUAACGCAUUCCGCCAGUUUAUCACGUCUUACAAGUCCGUAACGAUCAAGCUGAUGGCAGACACUUUUGGCGUGACCCCUGACUUCGUGGACCGCGAAAUCUAUGGCUUUAUUAGUCAAGGCAGGCUAAACUGCAAAAUCGACAAGGUAGCGAACGUCAUCGAGACCGUAGAUGAUGCGAAAAACGAAAAAACACUGAUGUACAAGGACAUCUUGAAUCAAGGAGACGACUUGUUGAACAAGAUGCAGAAAUUGAGUGCCGCGAUUGACAGGUGAUGAAGAAAAAACUUGUCGAUUUACAUUUAUUACCCCUUUCGACUUUGUUUUUUCACCGUCAUUUGUACCCCACCUCAACAUCUAGACGUCAUUUAGACCCGGGUCGCCAUCUCACGAACCGCAGAUUACCUUCAACAUGUGUGUGUAAUAUUGCGGGUUCUCCGGACAACACGGCAUGGCCGUAGAGCCGCGGACCUUGAACCUUGAACCUUCUCCAAUUCCAUCUCGUCCUACUCUGAUGGAAUUCACUCAAAAUAGCAGACUCUCAGUUCACUCUACCCGAAGCACAUUAUGAUUUUUUUAUAUCUCAACUUUUAUUUUCCAAUCGGAGGUUCUACCAAUUUCGCUUUUCGUCAGAAAAGGCUUCGU